AUGGGAACAGGGAGCUAUGAGGCGGCUCAUCCUCUGCAUCCCCCUCUCCCUCCCCAUCCCCCUCUCCCUCCCCAUUCCCCUCUCCCUCCCCAUCCCCCUCUCCCUCCCCAUCCCCCUCUCCCUCCCCAUCCCCCUCUCCCUCCCCAUCCCCCUCCCCAUCCCCCUCUCCCUCCCCAUCCCCCUCUCCCUCCCCAUCCCCCUCUCCCUCCCCAUCCCCCUCUCCCUCCCCAUCCCCCCUCUCCCUCCCCAUCCCCCUCUCCCUCCCCAUCCCCCUCUCCCUCCCCAUCCCCCUCUCCCUCCCCAUCCCCCUCUCCCUCCCCAUCCCCCUCUCCCUCCCCAUCCCCCCUCUCCCUCCCCAUCCCCCUCUCCCUCCCCAUUCCCCUCUCCCUCCCCAUCCCCCUCUCCCUCCCCAUCCCCCUCUCCCUCCCCAUCCCCCUCUCCCUCCCCAUCCCCCUCUCCCUCCCCAUCCCCCUCUCCCUCCCCAUCCCCCUCUCCCUCCCCAUCCCCCUCUCCCUCCCCAUCCCCCUCUCCCUCCCCAUCCCCCUCUCCCUCCCCAUCCCCCUCUCCCUCCCCAUCCCCCUCUCCCUCCCCAUCCCCCUCUCCCUCCCAUCCCCCUCUCCCUCCCCAUCCCCUUCUCCCUCCCCAUCCCCCUCUCCCUCCCCAUCCCCCUCUCCCUCCCCAUCCCCCUCUCCCUCCCCAUCCCCCUCUCCCUCCCCAUCCCCCUCUCCCUCCCCAUCCCCCUCUCCCUCCCCAUCCCCCUCUCCCUCCCCAUCCCCCUCUCCCUCCCCAUCCCCCUCUCCCUCCCCAUCCCCCUCUCCCUCCCCAUCCCCCUCUCCCUCCCCAUCCCCCUCUCCCUCCCCAUCCCCCUCUCCCUCCCCAUCCCCCUCUCCCUCCCCAUCCCCCUCUCCCUCCCCAUCCCCUCUCCCUCCCCAUCCCCCUCUCCCCUCCCCAUCCCCCUCUCCUCCCCAUCCCCCUCUCCCUCCCAUCCCCCUCUCCCUCCCCAUCCCCUCUCCCUCCCCAUCCCCCUCUCCCUCCCCAUCCCCCUCUCCCUCCCCAUCCCCCUCUCCCUCCCCAUCCCCCUCUCCCUCCCCAUCCCCCUCUCCCUCCCCAUCCCCCUCUCCCUCCCCAUCCCCCCCGCAACGACGCACAGGAGCAGGGAGCGAUGAGGUGGUGCAUGCUAGCGGGGUUGAAGGAGGUGGGGCAGUGGUGGCAGCUGCUGUGGAGGAGGUGUAUGGGGCAGGUGAGGGGGGGGGGGGGAUGAUGGUGGAUGGCGCAUGGGUGGGGAUCGAUCACCUUGCCGUGGGCUGCUGUCGGCCGGCUCUGGGACACAUGGCACAUGCGGUAUCUGCCUUCACUUGCAUCAUUGACGCCCAUCCGACCCUCAAGAUGCACCCGUCCUCUUCCACGCCUUUUACCAGGACCACUGGGCGUACAAGAGGGAUCCAAGGAACCACUUGCUGCCCUCUGCUGCUUCUCUGUCCUCUUCCUGUCCCCUUACCUUGUUUGAUGUCCCGUUUCUCUCCGUUCCCUCCCACCAACCCCUUUCAAAACCACUUGGCGUACAAGAAGCACCCGAGCAACCUUCCCAGCGAUGCCAUGCUGCCUCCUGCUGCGUCUUUCAGUAUCUUCGUUUCCCCUUGCCUUUCAGUCACCUGCCCUUUGCUGUCCCUUCCGCCCCAUCUUCCCCCACCCCCUUCAGAACCACAAGAAGGAUCUCAGGAACAUCUUUCCCAGCUAUGCCAUGCUGCCCCCUGCUGCCGUCUUUGCUCCUCUUUCUCUCCCCUUAUCCUUUCUGUCCCGUUUCGGUCCAUCUACACCCGCCACCGCCUUCAUAACCACGGGGCUCACAAGAACCAUGGCACACAGCCCGCACCCACUCGCACCCACUCGCACAGGCACACUGCUUGCGUGGCCACUGUUUCGUACCCUUACCUUACACCCUCCUUUACCCUUACCCUCCCACGUUUACUAUCCCCUCUCCUUACCCUUAACCCCCCCUCUUUCACUUACCCCUUCCCCUUCACCCCUAUGCUACCCCCUUUCCCUUCCCUUUACCCCUCUCGUUAUCCACUUCCCCUUUCCCCACCCCCUCCUCCUUUCUUCAACUCCCUUCCCUUUCCCCUUCGCUUUCAACCUCCCUCUCACCUUACCCCAUUCCCCUUCGCUCCCCUUCCCUCUUAUCCUCUACUCCUACCACUCCCCCUCAUCUUAAACCAUUCCUUCCCUUAUUCCUCCUUCCUUUUUCCUCUUCCUCUCCCUUUUCUUCCUCCCUCUCCUUUUUUCCCCUUCCUCUCCCUUUACCCUCGUCAUCUCACUUUACCCUUUUCCCUCUUCCUUUACCCCCUUCCCUCCUUUUCCCCUUUCCCUCCCUUCUUCCCCUUCCCUCCCUGCAACCCCUCCCCUUCAUUUACACUCCUCCCUUCAUUUAACCCUUCCCCUCCCUUCACCCCCUCCCAUCCCUCUCCUCACCUGCCCGGAGUCCUACAGGGCCGCCAGACGGACUGCCUUACCAAGACGGACUGCCUUACCAAGACGGACUGCCUUACCAAGACGGACUGCCUUACCAAGACGGACUGCCUUUCCAAGACGGACUGCCUUACCAAGACGGACUGCCUUACCAAGACGGACUGCCUUACCAAGACGGACUGCCUUACCAAGACGGACUGCCUUUCCAAGACGGACUGCCUUUCCAAGACGGACUACCUUACCAAGACGGACUGCCUUACCAAGACGGACUGCCUUACCAAGACGGACUGCCUUACCAAGACGGACUGCCUUACCAAGACGGACUGCCUUACCAAGACGGACUGCCUUACCAAGACGGACUGCCUUACCAAGACGGACUGCCUUACCAAGACGGACUGCCUUACCAAGACGGACUGCCUUACCAAGACGGACUGCCUUACCAAGAGGGACUGCCUUACCAAGACGGACUGCCUUACCAAGACGGACUGCCUUACCAAGAUGGACUGCCUUACCAAGACGGACUGCCUUACCAAGACGGACUGCCUUACCAAGACAGAUUGCCUUACCAAGACGGACUGCCUUACCAAGACGGACUGCCUUACCAAGACGGACUGCCUUACCAAGACGGACUGCCUUACCAAGACGGACUGCCUUUCAAGGACGGACUGCCUUACCAAGACGGACUGCCUUACCAAGUCGGACUGCCUUUCCAAGACGAACUGCCUUUCCAAGACGGACUGCCUUUCCAAGACGGACUGCCUUUCCAAGACGGACUGCCUUACCAAGACGGACUGCCUUACCAAGACGGACUGCCUUACCAAGACGGACUGCCUUACCAAGACGGACUGCCUUACCAAGACGGACUGCCUUACCAAGACGGACUGCCUUACCAAGACGGACUGCCUUACCAAGACGGACUGCCUUACCAAGAGGGACUGCCUUACCAAGACGGACUGCCUUACCAAGACGGACUGCCUUACCAAGACGGACUGCCUUACCAAGACGGACUGCCUUACCAAGACGGACUGCCUUUCCAAGUCGGACUGCCUUACCAAGACGGACUGCCUUACCAAGACGGACUGCCUUACCAAGACGGACUGCCUUACCAAGACGGACUGCCUUACCAAGACGGACUGCCUUACCAAGACGGACUGCCUUACCAAGACGGACUGCCUUACCAAGACGGACUGCCUUACCAAGACAGACUGCCUUACCAAGACGGACUGCCCUACCAAGACGGACUGCCUUACCAAGAGGGACUGCCUUACCAAGACGGACUGCCUUACCAAGACGGACUGCCUUUCCAACACGGACUGCCUUACCAAGACGGACUGCCUUACCAAGACGGACUGCCUUACCAAGACCGACUGCCUUACCAAGACGGACUGCCUUACCAAGACGGACUGCCUUUCCAAGACGGACUGCCUUACCAAGACGGACUGCCUUACCAAGACGGACUGCCUUUCCAAGACAGACUGCCUUACCAAGACGGACUGCCUUACCAAGACGGACUGCCUUACCAAGACGGACUGCCUUUCCAAGACGGACUGCCUUACCAAGACGGACUGCCUUACCAAGACGGACUGCCUUACCAAGACGGACUGCCUUACCAAGACGGACUGCCUUACCAAGACGGACUGCCUUACCAAGACGGACUGCCUUACCAAGACGGACUGCCUUACCAAGACGGACUGCCUUAUCAAGACGGACUGCCUUACCAAGACUGACUGCCUUUCCAAGACGGACUGCCUUUCCACGACGGACUGCCUUUCAAAGACGGACUGCCUUACCAAGCCUUACCAAGACGGACUGCCUUAUCAAGACGGACUGCCUUACCAAGACUGA